AUUCAUAGAUAAUGGGUGAAUGGGAAGUCCCUCCUUGCUUUUUUUGAGACAUGAUUUAGGCUACAUUUUGGGACUAUUGUUUGAAAACAUGGAUAUUAUUUGGAUAACAAUCAAAUAAAAAAAUGGACCCAUAACAGCGGAAGUCGUUCAGAUAGUCAUCACAGGACAAUGCAACUUCAUUUUCAUUGUCAUCAAUAGCAAAAAUCUAACGGAUCAGUUGUAGAAACAACUACCGGAUAAGUGCAAUCAAAUCCAGCGACAAAUCCAUAAAAGAGCUUCGGUUGCAAUUAAUGGUGUAUAUAGACGAAACAGCGAGGAUCCUGUGAGGGACUAUGCGGAUUCCGAUAUGGAGUUACCACCCAGACUCUUUGCCUUUCUGCUGAUGCUGUUGGAGUGGACCAAACCAGGGCUAUCUAACCCCCUGCGUCCGAUCUGUGACCUGCGGGUCCUAAAACACUUCAUUGAAGAGGCCAGAGAUGCUGAGGCAGCCAUGCUGGCAUGUAAAGAAGGACGUGGUCUUGCAGAGCCCGUCACUGUUCCCCAAACCAAAGUAGACUUCAACGUCUGGGAGAGGAAAACUGCACUGGAGCAAGCUCAGGAGGUUCAGUCUGGCCUGUGGCUGUUAAACCAGGCCAUCGGCUCGCUACGAACGUCCGUCACCAACACAGCGCUGCACAGCCACAUAGACAACAGCCUCAGAAACAUCUUCACCAUCGGACAGGUGCUGCGCAGCCUCAACAUCCAGGAGUACACCCCUCCAGCAGGGGGCGUGGCUGGAGGUGAGGAGACAUGGCGGGUGUCGUCUGCUUCAGAGCUCCUCCAGGUCCACGUUAACUUCCUGCGAGGCAAGGUGCACCUCUUGCUGUCCAACGCACCCAUCUGCCACCAGGGUAGCAGCUGAUUGGGGCUCUCCAAGGCAGGGCUGAACUGAUUGGAGCUCCCUCUGGCAGGGGGGGGGCGGGCUCUUACACUAUUGACCCUGCUUGUUGCCAGGUAGAAGUCUAAAAGAGGAGAGUGUGUGGACCAGAUCCUCUCAGGAGAGAAUGAAGCUAUGUGGACAGAAUAGUUCCUAUUGGACCUUUAAAAGAACAAGAGCAGGUAGCACCUUGUGAAUAUUGACAUGAGGGAGGAAUGUGGUGAGGAAGUAAACCACGAAUGGGGCCCAUAUAAUGCACCGCUCUACGGCUCUUCAGUACUGUGUGUGUGUGUGUGUGUGUGUGUGUGUGUGUGUGUGUGUGUGUGUGUGUGUGUGUGUGUGUGUGUGUGUGUGUGUGUGUGUGUGUGUGUGUGUGUGUGUGUGUGUGUGUGUGUGUGUGUGUGUGUGCUUGCCUGUGUGUUUUAGCAUGGACUGUGAGUUCUCACCGCCAAGCACUGGACAAUCCACGUGGAUUGCACCUGAUGACACCUUGUUGGAGUUGUUCUGCACUGUACCUGACUGACAGCAUUGACAGCCUGUCAAAGUCCAGGAGGAGGAGGCCUAGCCUAUACCACAAACUCUUCAAACUUCACCGCCCACCUCAUUCUUAACACACAACACUUUUCCAACUGCUGUUUAUUAGUGUCCUUAAAUUAAUUUUAUAUUGCUCUUUGUAAUUACUUAUUUAUAGUUCUACAUUUAAGCUCGACUCACUGUCAUGGCGAAGGUAUUCUGAGAGAUAUACUGUAACUAUGAACUAGAGGCCGCCGUUGGGCUCCAACGGUUAAUCAUAAUCACUAUAUAACGCCACUGAACCAUGUUGUAAAGAUAUUUGUAUACGUCAAUAUCCAACUGUUCACUCCUGUCUGUUACCCUUCAUAGAAUAAAUGAUCUAUGUGUUUGUAUGUACUGUAUGUAUGUGCGAGAAAAUAUCUGUGUGAAUGACAGUUUUAUGCAACUCUUAUAACCCUAUUUGAACGGACUAGAGGUGGGAGAGACAGAAGCGGAGGUUCAGUCGGGUUGAAGGAGGAAACGAUUGAGAGGAAGGGCUUACGUGAGAACUCUGAAGCUAUGCUCUGAUUAUCAGUGUGUCUGGUUUAUGCAGGCCAGUGCUCAACUAGAGCUUCGACGCAGAUAGCAAGACUGCCAGGACAAAUAUUGAUUGGUUCUUAUGAUGAACAUCCUGCAUGCCUGUUUUGUCUCUCUUAUACCUUCCUUCAACCAGCAGCCAAUCAACCCGAAUCCUGGGAACCUUUGGAGUCGCUGACGUGGUGGAUGCCUUCACUUUUGGGAUUAGAUUUGUUCUCCUGGGUAGUUUUGCUUCUCGUUUGAACGUUUUACAGUCACAGUGCAGAUGUUUGUACAUGUUUUUGUCCUGUUUGUAUCAGUUGUUUUGCCCCCUCUAUCAUAGUGCCAUUUGGUUUUUAAAUACAAAAUAUCAUUCUUUAAUUUAAAAAAGGAUGGACGAAAAAAAGGCAAGAGGAAGUUUGUUUGUCUGUGUGAUAAUUGCAUCACUUUUGUUGUCCUUGUCCCCUGGAGAUAUAUCUGUGGUUUGGAAAGAAAGCCAUGGGUAACACUUUAUUUUGAUAGUUACUUGUAGUCUGUAGAGCAUCUACAGAUGGACUAUCUACUAACUAUCUACUAACCCUAGCUCUAACCCUAAACUUAACCAUUACCCGUAUU